CGGAAACAAUAGCGGCUGAAUGGGAACGCUUUUAUUCUGAAGGUCCGACCGGAAGGACUUGACAGUGAAGCUAACGCAUUUACCUGUAAAAGUCCAAACGAUGGCGGACGACGGGAGACGCGGAGACGAAGAGGACCGAGGACCGGGAGCUGCUCAUCAGGUGUUCGUGGUGAUGGAGUGUCUGCUGGAGAAGCUAAAGAUGCUCAACUACGAGGAGGAAGUCCUGGCUAUACACAACAUGAAGAACAUAUCCAGACAUUACUUCGUCUCCAGCCCCUACCUGGCGUCCAACCCUGGCGAGCAGUUCUACAUGUUCACCAUCAUGGCGGCGUGGCUCAUCAACGUGGCGGGGAGGCCGUUCACCGAGCCUCAGGAGUAUGACGAGCCCAACGCCACCGUGUCCAACAUCCUGGCAGAGCUCAGAGCCUUUGGCGUUAAGGUGGACUUUCCGCCCUCCAAACUGAAAACUGGAUCCGGUGAAUACGUCUGCUUUGUGUUGGACCGACUGGCUGAAGAAGCUCUGAAGAGGAGAGGUGUCAUCUUCAGGAGACCAAACUAUCCAUCUGAAAACACAGAAGAAGAGUCGGUGUUAGAAGACGACGCAGAGCUCACCCUCAGCAAGGUGGAGGAGGAGAUGAUCGAGGAACUGGAUGACGAGGAGGAGAACGUGAUGGACCUGGAGGCUCUGAAGUUACGAACAACUCACAUUGAAGCGGAACCGUCGUCCAAACCGGACGAGAUUCUGGAGUCGACGGUCGACGCGGCCGAGUGGAACCUGGAGGUGGAACGAGUUCUGCCUCAGCUCAAAGUCACCAUCAGGACCGACAACAAGGACUGGAGGAUCAACGUGGACCAGAUGCAUCAACACCGAGAUGGGAUCAAGUCGUCGCUCAAAGAGGCCAAGAGUUACCUGGACAAGUUGCAGGAGGACAUCGGAAAGACUCUGGAGAAGGUGAGCAGCAGAGAGAAGUACAUCAACAACCAGCUGGAGCAUCUGAUCCAGGAGUAUCGCAGCGCUCAGGCCAAACUCAGUGAGGCCAAGGAGCGCUACCAGCAGGCCAGCGGAGGAGUAACCGAAAGAACCAGAGUCCUGGCUGAGAUCAGUGAGGAGCUGGAGAAGGUGAAGCAGGAGAUGGAGGAGAAAGGAAGCAGCAUGUCGGACGGAGCUCCGGUGGUGAAAAUCAAGCAGAGCCUGACUAAGCUGAAGCAGGAGGUGGUCCAGAUGGACGUGAGGAUCGGCGUGGUCCAACACACGCUGCUUCAGGCCAAACUCAAGGAGAAGUCCAACAUGACGCGGGACAUGCACGCCACCAACAUCCCAGAACCGGCCGCCGGAACCUUCGCUUAGAACGGGAACACUUCAAACUCUACAAACUGUUUGUGACACUCUAAAAAAGAUUUUUCUGAAAGAACACUUUCAUUAAAUCACAGAAACAAACAUUUCAAACGCCACAUAUUUAGUUUUUAUGUGUUUAUAAACGUAAAAUAAAUUUAUAUCCAGUUUAAAAGUC